AGCAGCAGGGAGGGGCAGCACCGCUCUGUAGCACAGGACCUUACUUCCUAACAACUGCUGCAGCGAUCUUUGGACAUAUCCGUCAGAAAAAUCAGGAUAACAGUAACUUGUCAUCAUGUGCAGAGGACUGGAAGCACUGCCAAUCACCUGCCUGGAGAGGGCAAAGGAGCUGAAAGCUUUGUUUGGAAGUUUACUACAGAAGUCAGACCACAGCAUCAUCGGACACUCGAGGAAAACUGACAAACUGAGGUUAAAUGAAGACGAGCCUUUGAAAUGGAAGGAGUCAUUUGAAAAGCUGCUGUCCAGCCAAAAUGGACUGUGCUUGUUCAGAGCUUUCCUCGUGUCAGAGUUCAGCGAGGAAAACAUCGCCUUCUACCUGGCUUGCGACGACUACAGAGCGACUAAGAGCUCGAAACUGCCUGCUAAGGCCAAGAAAAUCUACGAUGAGUUCAUCUGCAAAGAUGCGCCGCGAGAGGUGAACCUCGACCAUUUGACCAAAGCUGCCACCAAAGAGAACAUGAAGCAGCCGAGCCACUCCUGCUUCGAUCUGGCCCAGGCCAAGAUCUACACCCUGAUGGAGAAGGACUGCUACCCUCGGUUCCUCAAGUCCUCCACGUACCUGGAGCUCAGCAGAAAGGCCAAGACGGGCUAGAGGGCCUCUCUGAGGACGGUCCUGCCGGCGGUGCUCUUAACACGACCUCAAGUCAAAGAGACAUCUAAAUGAUGCACAGCGGAGACAAACAGUGCUCAGACAGAACAAAUACCUCAGUCUAAGGAGUUUGUUACCGCGUUGUGGGAUUAUUUUUGAGACUGGAGGUUCCACAGUUUGGGGUCAGAGCUGGAAGUUAUAAGAAACUUGAAAUGUCACCUGAACAGGUGCGAGAGACGAGGCUGUCACAGCAGAGACUGAGCUAAAAAGGAGACAAAUAAAGACUGUGUGAACGCCAGGCCCUAUCAGGCUAAAGCUAAACUUUCAAGGGACUGAAUCAAUUGCUCUCACAGCUACCAGUGGGAGAAAAGCUAUGUCAGUUCUGUAUCAUUAAUGUCUAUUUAUUUUUUAUUUAUUUAAAUAUAAAGAUUACUGUGUGAAUGUUCACUGUGCAACUGGUUCAAGAACACUGAUUUUUAUUUAAUAUUUUUCUACCUGAAGUACUGUAUGGAAAAAAAAGAAA